AUGACGUUAACGGUAAAGUGUAGUAAUUGCAAUAUCGUAAUCGACGAGCUCCUAGCUUACAUACAAAAUAAAAUUUCGAUCGCGGAUGAGCCGAGUUUGGUGAAAAUAUGUGAGUCUGCUUUCUCGUUUGAACAAAUUGAGAAAGCAAAAAACCUACUGCUGGAUUCGUUGCCAAAGGAUCUGCGCACAAAGGUUCGGAAAGGAAAAGGCAAGGAGAACCGAAUACUUCUAGAUAUCAUAAGUGUAUUUAAAGUGAACGAUCCGGAUUUGUUACCGAUUUUCGUUGCCCGCGAUUUGGAGAAAUUACCUCCAGUAACAUUUGAUCACCUGGAUGUCUCCAAAUUGCUCAAGGAUCUGAUGAUUGUUCAAUCUGAGAUCAAAAACAUAAAGUCUUCAUACGCAACGGUGGAACAACUCGAAGAUCUAAAACGAGACUAUUUAAACGAAAAGCCUACGUCUCCGCCGUUCUCAGCUGUAAAAAUAAAUAUGAAACGGGGAGCAUACCGGGAUAGUGGACCGAUAGGUUUGUCGCAAUUAGAUGACACUAUCGUUACGGCUAGUUUGAACGAGUCAAACUCCAAUGUAUUAUCCCCUACGGAAGGCGAUAUAAGAUAUAGAAGCAUUGAUUUAAAUAAAGUUGGAGGUAGUCACGCCGAAUGUUCGGAGCGAUGCGUCACGAGUGGUGGACAUAGCGCCGAUGGAUGCGCAGCGACGGGUGCGGAGAGGCGUGAGUCAUCGCGAAUGCUUAGCAAUGCGAGCGAUGGACUGACAGUUACAGAGAAAAAUAAAUCUUAUGCAGGUGUCGUUAGGGUUCAAAAUCCAAAUGACGGAUGGACGGUGGUACAAAGAAAGGUGUCCAAGUCUAAAAACCGCCUGCUAGGUAAAAGAGGAAAUGUUGUGAUAGACUCGGAAGAAAAGUUUAGGGCGGCGGAUAGAAAAAUACCACUGUUUAUAACGAAUGUUGACAAAAAUACGACUGAGUCGGAUAUUGUCAAAUAUAUAAAGAGCAAAACAAAAGAAGAUGUCGUCUAG